AACACUGCUCCAUGGGGCCCAGUCCUCCCGACACACACAUACACACAUUGCAUCACACUCAUCCCAACACUGCUCCAUAUGGCCCCGUCCUCCCGACACACACACUGCAUCACACUCAGCCCAACACUGCUCCACAUGGCCUAGACCUCCCGACACACACACUGCAUCACACUCAGCCCAACAGUGCUCCACGGGGCCCAGUCCUCCCGACACACACACUGCAUCACACUCAGAGCAACACUGUUCUGCAUGGCCCAGUCCUCCCGACACACACACACACUGCAUCACACUCAGCCCAACACUGCUCCACAUUGCCCAGUCCUCCCGACACACACACUGCAUCACACUCAGCCCAACACUGCUCCACAUGGCCUAGACCUCCCGACACACACACACACUGCAUCACACUCAGAGCAACACUGCUCCACAUGGCCCAGUCCUCCCGACACACACACACUGCAUCACACUCAGAGCAACACUGCUCCGCAUGGCCCAGUCAUCCCGACACACACACACUGCAUCACACUCAGCCCAACACUGCUCCACAUGGCUCAGUCCUCCCGACACACACACACACUCCAUCACACUCAGCCCAACACUGCUCCACGGGGCCCAGUCCUCCCAACACACACACUGCAUCACACUUAGCCCAACGCUGCUCCACGGGGCCCAGUCCUCCCGACACACACACACUGCAUCACACUCAGCCCAACACUGCUCCACGGGGCCCAGUCCUCCUCACACACACACACACACACACACUCAGCCCAAUAUACCCAGAGCCUCCUCCAUGGCCCACAUGUUCACCAGCACCCCACACAGACGCAGAUGAGCCCUGGGCAGCCCUCUCUUUGCCAGCUGGUGGGAGAGGUAGAGGGAGGGGAUGGAGGCGCUGUCCCGCCCCGCCUCGCCCAGGGUUACUCUGAGCUGGACCAGGAGGCAGGGAAGGAGCUGGCCUGCGGUGGAGGUCUUCCUGCAGCGGCUCCAAAAGAAGGGAGCAGAGGCUGUCACUGGAUGCCUUAGUGACCCGCAGAACCAGUGUAGCAGACAAACUGGACCAACACAAAAAGCAACCCCCCCUCCGCUUCUCCCCCACACGCCAGGCUGGGCCGCAGUGUGUCUCCUUCCUUCCCUCCCAGGCUGGGGAGCUGGGGGCUGCAAUGUCUUCCCCCUGCUCCCUCCCCCAGCCAGGGGCACUGGGGCCGUGGUGUGUCUCCCCUCCCUUAGCCUGGGGCCUGGUGCCUUCCUGCCUUCCUGGUUUCUUUCCAGCUGCCUCAGCUGACACUGUGAGUUUUCCCCUUUAUGAAAAUUCUUGUGUCUGUCUCCUCAAUUGAAUUGCAGAGACAAGAUUCCCCACCCUCACUCCAGACACUGCAGGGGCUCUGGUGGGCACACUGGGGUGAAAUCUGAUGUUGACAUCCGCUAGACCCCCCUCACCUCCAGCAAGGAGAGAUUGUCUUACGCUUUUAGCUAAACAUUUGGGGAAAAAACGGAAAUGCAACAGUUGCAUCAAAAGACACUUUGUGGGGGUGUCCGACUAGCGUAGGUCUUUGCAUUGUACGGAAUUGUCUGUGUCGGUCCGGCCAGUGUGUGCGGGGGUGUGUGAUGUCAUAUGUAGCUUUGCGGGGGGGUGUGGACAUGCACACCUCAUCCAAAUACGACGCAAAAAUGUCUUUUCCCUAUGGAAUGUAUUAGACGCUAAGAGGUGAUUAUUGUCUGAUCGGGACUGCACAUAUCAUGUGGUUUUUUUUACCAAAGUGAAUCCAUUCUUUAAAAAAAAUUUAAAAAAAUAUGAGAUUUAAGGAAAGUGUAUUAGAUUUGCUAUGUUGGAUAUAAAGUGUUUAUGGCAAAUACAGUAUUUGAACUCGUCCGGGUGGUCAGCGAGGACAUUCUCCUCAAGCGACAGUGGGAGUUUGGUUUGUUUCUCUGAUCAGUUCUGAGUUUUAAUGGCUGUUGAAGGUAAAUAACUAGCGUUUAUAACCGUUUCGUGCUGUUUGUAAGAGGAUUUAAUAGUAUUUCAUAAUUUUAAUAGAUAUUUUUCAAUCUUUGUGUAACAUAAAUGUAUUUUUUUUGCAUUA